AUGCAACUCACAAUACAUAACAUUUUUAUCAGAAUAUUUCUAAUGACGUUUUGAAUUCUUGAUGAAAUAAUCUCGAAAUCCAUCACCAAGUUAGUGGAAAGAAUUCAAAAAUGUAUCUAUCACAUCUAAUCAAAAAGUGUAUGAACAGAAACAUUUGUAGAAGGAUCUCAUUCUCAACACAAGCCCAAGUCCAGGAACGUUUGGUUUAUGUUGAUUCUCAAAAAAUAAACUAUUUAAAAGUAGGCAAAGGUCCAAAAAACAUUGUUUGCUUUCCUGGCGCUUUAGGCACUAUAUGGUCAGACUUCAAACCCCAGAUCGAAGGAUUGAACAAGGAGGAAUUCACUAUUUUCGUCUGGGAACAACCAGGCCAUGGAAAAAGUAGACCACCUGAACGAAUAUUCACUUCUCAGUUUUUUCAAGAAGAUGCUGAUACCGGCUAUAAAUUAGUUAAAGCCCUUGGAUUAAGAAGUUUUUCUCUUCUUGGUUGGAGUGAUGGAGGUACAGCAGGUUUGAUUUUAGCUGCCAAAUAUCCUGAGGUAGUUGAAAAAUUAGUGGUUUGGGGAAGCAAUUCCUAUAUAUCAACCGAAGACUUCGAAAAUUAUGAAAAAAUACAGAACAUAGACAGUUGGUCAGAAAAUGCAAAAGCCCCAUUGUUAGAGUUGUAUGGUGAGAAAUUGCUGCGAGAAAUACAAAAUAGUGUUUUUGAAGCUAAUAGGGCCAUUGUCAAUCAGGGAGGUGAUAUUUCAUCAUCUCUUCUCAAACAUAUCAGUUGCCCCACUCUGAUAUUACAUGGUGCCAAAGAUCCUCUAGUUAGUCUUGAACAUCCCCUAUAUCUCCGAGAUAACAUCAAGGGAGCAAAGCUACACAUAUUUCCUGAAGGUAAACACAAUAUACAUAUACGUUAUGCCGGUGAAUUUAAUGAUAUAACCACGAAAUUUCUUCUGGGUGAAGAUUUAUCUGAGCUGUGAUCCAUUUUAUGUCGAAUAAAGUUAUUGAACCUU